AUGAACUAUUGGAUUGCUCUAAUAGUGACGAUAUGGAUGAGUGUGAUGAUAACAAACUCUGAGGGUGUGUGUCCUACAAAAAGAUGGGCUUUACUAAUUGCUACUUCAAAAGGUUAUGAAAACUAUAGGCACCAAGCUGAUAUAUGUCAUGCCUAUCAAAUAUUAAAGAGUGGUGGUUAUAUAGAUGAAAAUAUUAUUGUUAUGAUGUAUGAUGAUAUUGCCUAUAAUGAAGAAAACCCUAAACCUGGUGUCAUAGUUAAUAAACCAGGUGGAUCAAAUGUUUACCAUGGUGUUCCUAAGGAUUAUACAGGAAAGGAAGUAAAUGUGAAUAAUUUUUUUGCUGUGCUAACUGGAAACAGAAAUGCUAUCAGAGGAGGUAGUGGUAAGGUUAUCUGCAGCAGACCAAAUGAUACCAUUUUAAUUUACAUUGCUGGUCAUGGUAAUGCAGGCAUUAUAGCCAUGCCAGAUAGCAAAUUAUUAUGGGGUGACGAUUUUGUAGAUAUUUUGAAGAAAAAAUAUGAUGCUAAGUCCUACAAAAAGAUGGUAAUAUACAUGGAAUCAUGUUUAUCUGGGAGCAUGUUUGAAGGACUUCUUCCAAACAAUAUAAAUGUAUAUGCAACAACAUCUUCCAGUGCAAAAGAGGAUAGUUAUGCAACUUAUUGUCCUGAUGAUGAUUCUCUAAUGAAAGAGUAUACAACUUGUUUGGGAGAUUCUUAUAGUGUUUCUUGGAUGGAAGACAGUGAUCAAAAUGAUAGGAGGAAAAAAACAUUGAAGCAACAAUAUUACACUGUUCGUAAUAGAGUAUAUUCAGAAAUCAAUACUCAUGUGAUGCAAUAUGGAGAUUUAAAUAUGGAAAAUGAUUUUCUAGUUACAUAUCUUGGUGAUGGUCAUGUUCAUGUUAAUGAUAAUGAUAUCUACAAUUUCAAUAGUAGUGAAAGUCAAAAGUAUUCUUCUUAUACACAAUUCAAUACAACAACAAGAUUAGUUGGUCAAGAAGAUGCUCAUUUACUUCAUCUCAAACUUAAGUUGGAAAAGGCACAACAUGGUUCCAAGGAGAAGACAAAAGCUCAAACAAAGUUAGAUGUUGAAAUUUCUCAUAGAACAAAAGUGGAUCAUAAUGUCAAUCUCAUAUGGAAUAUUACUUUUGGAGAAGAGAAAAAUUCAACUAUGAUGACACAUGUUCUUUCAGAAAGUCAACCUCUUGUGAAUGAUUGGGAUUGUCUCAAAAUGCUUGUAAGAACUUAUGAGCAUCAUUGUGGUGCCUUAUUUACAUAUGGAUUGAAGUAUUCAAAAGUCUUUGCUAAUAUGUGCAAUGCUGGUAUUUCUAAGAAGCAAAUGAUUGCAGCAACAUCUCAAGCUUGUCCUGAAAAAAACUUCUUCAAAAAAAUUUUCUCCUCAUGGAUGCCUGUUCCUUCAGAAUUAAGUUUUAACCACCUUAGUGAGGACGACAGUAUGUGGUUAGACAGACCUUUUUCUGAAUCUGAAAUAAAAGACGUUGUUUGGGAGUGCGAUGGAAACGAGAGCUCUGGGCCUGAUGGGUUUUCGUUUGAAUUCUUUAAACGCUGCUGGGAGAUUGUCAAGAAGGAUGUGUUUAAAUUUGUAGACGAUUUUUACAAGGAUGCUACGUUGUUGAAAGUUGCUACUUCAUCUUUCCUAACUCUUAUCCCAAAGAUCUCCAACCCUCAAUCUCUUAGUGACUUCAGACCUAUAUGUCUUGUGGGAAGCUUACAUAAGAUCCUGUCCAAAUUGAUGGCUGCCAGAAUCAAAGUUGUCAUAGGUAAACUUGUUGCGGUAAACUAA